AUGUUUGUGUUUGGUGAAGUCCAAGAUCCUAACAACGAAACUGUGAACCUCGUGGAGGACAUUGUCCGUAGCCAACUGAUUGAGCUGAUUGUGCAGGCAAGAGCCCUAGCGAACCGGCGUGGUGCACGUUACGUCUCCGCGGAGGAUCUCAUCUUCCUGAUUCGUCACGACAGAGGAAAAGUGAACAGACUGCGAACGUACUUGUCCUGGAAGGACGUACGGAAGCACGCAAAGGACUCUGGAGGUGACGGCGGUGGAGGGGUCGAAGUUGAAGCAUUAGAGGAUGGCCCGGAUGACAAACUUGCGUCCAAGGCGCAGAAGAUUACGGUGAAGUUGCCCUGGGAGAUCAUGACUAUAUACUCAGAAGUGCUCCCUUCCGAUGAUGAAGAAGACGAAGAGGAUAUUGAGGCUCACGAGGCGUCCAUCCAACGACUCAAGGAAGCAGAUGACGCGACAAAAGAAAUGACCAGAGAAGAGUAUCAACACUACUCAGAUUGCCGGCAAGCAUCGUUCACUUACCGGAAAGCAAAGCGUUUCCGGGAAUUCCUCAAUCUUCCAACUCAUCUCGACCUGAAGGCCAAUGACGACACAGUCGAUAUUGUUGGUUUCCUCGCCUUUGAGAUGGUCAGAGCUCUGACCAUCGGCGGGCUUGAAGUCAAGAAAUCCCUCGAAGAAUCGUAUCUCCUGGAGGACCAUAGUGCCUCCCCAGUCCUCGGCAAGCGCAAAGCUGGCGGAGGACUGGACGCGAGCAACAAGCGGAGACGCGAAGAUUCGCCUGAACGGGAUGACUAUACUUUACCAGUCUGUUCCUUGUUCCUGGCCCCUCCCGAAUCGCGAACUCCCCUGCGGCCCGAGCACAUUCAAGACGCCUUCGCCCGGAUGCAGUUUGACUGGGCCCACCACCGGUCUGCGGGAAUGCACAACUGGCGCGGCGGCCUUGUACGGACUAGGGUCAGUCUCAUAUAA